AUGUCUUCGUCAAGUCCUGCGUCUGAGCACCAACAGAGGAGCAUGAAGGAAUCCAGCUCAAGGGUUAUGCAGCUUGUAGAUUCAGAAGCUGGGGAAGUAUUCGAUGUCAAGACUCCCGAGCACGAGGGUGCCUUGGAGAAAAAUUUCGAUAUUUGGGGUGUUGUUGGAAUUGUCUACGGUUCCAUUGGUACCCCGCUUACUUUGGGAACUUAUCUAUCCACCGUCAUAGGUGUUGGAGGAGCCCCAUUUUUUUUCUACGCGUAUUUGUUUGCAGGUUUCUUCUGCUUGCUGACAGCCUACUCCAUGUCAGAGAUGGCCUCUGUGCAUCCACACUCUUCUGCCUUGGUUUACUGGACUCAUUUAUUCGCCCCGCAAAGCUGCUCUAGAAUACUCUCUUAUCUCAGCGGUAUAUUGUCAUGCGCUUGCUGGAUUUUUGGAGCGACUGCUACUGGCUUCUUCGUUUCUGACCUCGUUUUGGGGUUGGUAUACAUGCGUCAUCCAGACUAUGUGAGCCAGACCUAUCACUACUACUUGGUUUUCUUAGCCAAUGUGGUAUUGUCAGCGGUAGUCAACAUAUUUGGAACGAGGCUGAUUCCUCUCAUAGCCCGAGCUGUCACCUAUAUUUUCAAUAUCGGAACAAUUUUUACGCUGAUUGCAUUAUUAGCAAGAGCCCAUCCAAAGCAAACUGCCGCUUUUGCUUUCAAAGAGGUCACCAACAUAACAGGUUGGAGUUCAAACGGUGUUGUGUUCUUCAUCAGUAUCUUACCAACCACCGCUUCUGUGGCCCUUUUCGACGGUGCAUGUCAUAUGACAGACGAAAUCCCAAACCCAAAGAAAAACAUUCCCAUUGUCAUUACGUACGGUUACUCGGCAGCCUACCUCAUUGGAAUUGUUGCAGUUCUGGUUUACAACUUCUGUAUUGUGAAUCCUGAUAACCUGCUUGACCCUGUUGGUGGAAUUCCCCUUUUCCAGCUCUAUGUGGAUUCCCUGCACAACAAAGGAUUAUCUAUUGUAUCUGCAUUGCUAGUCAUAGUGGCUUUCAUAUUCGGAAGCAUUGGAGUUGUCACUUCGGCAAGUCGCCUCGUAAUGGCCUUUGCAGAAUUUAAAGGUAUCCCUUUUGGAAAAGCUGUUGGCUCCGUGAAUACCAAAUUGAACGCACCUGUAGGGGCGAUAGUGUUUGUUUCAUUCGUUUCUGCUUUGAUUGGGCUUCUUAUCUUUGCAUCAACUACAGCAUUGAACGCUGUUUCUGGAAGCUACAUUUCCACCAUGUAUGUGGCAUAUCUCAUUCCAUUUGUUGCUUUGGUUUUCAAAAAAGACAGAUAUGGAGAAGGAGUGAUACCUUUAUUCAAUCUUGGCAGAUGGGGUAAACCAAUGAACAUGAUCUGCAUUUUUUGGUUUUUGUUUGCGUCGGCCUGGUUGUGUGUUCCAUCUUACGUACCAGUUACUGCAGACACUAUGAACUACACUGUCGUUGUGUUGAGUGCUACUAUCUUCGUUGCUGUUGUGAACUGGUUUGGUUAUGCGCGCAAGAACUUUUCAGUUGAGACUAUCGAGGAGUUUGAGGAAAAAACUUGA